AUGGCGGCCAACGAGGUAGAUGUUUUCGCACAUGAAGAAAAACGAAACCUAGAGCUCGGAGGUCAUGUGGGGUUUGACAGUCUUCCAGAUCAGUUGGUCAGUAAAUCAGUUGCACAGGGAUUCUGCUUCAACAUCCUCUGUGUCGGUGAGACAGGGAUAGGCAAGUCAACAUUAAUGAACACUCUUUUCAAUACAACAUUUGAAAAUGAGGAAGCCAGCCACUAUCAGAGUGAGGUACAGCUACGCCCACAAACCUAUGAUCUGCAGGAGAGCAACGUUAACCUCAAGCUGACCACUGUGCACACUGUAGGGUUCGGAGACCAAAUCAACAAAGAGGAAAGCUAUAAACCCAUCCUUGAGUAUAUUGAUGCCCAGUUUGAACGGUUUCUUGAGGAGGAGCUAAAAAUCAAACGUUCCUUGUUCAACUGCCAUGACACAAGAAUCCAUAUCUGCCUGUAUUUCAUCGCUCCCACCGGACACUCCCUUAAGUCCCUCGAUCUGGUUACAAUGAAGAAACUGGACAGCAAGGUGAACAUCAUCCCCAUUAUUGCAAAGGCAGACACGGUAUCCAAGAGCGAAUUGGACAAAUUAAAGAUCAAGAUUAUGAGUGAGCUUGUCAGUAAUGGAGUUCAGAUUUAUCAGUUCCCAACAGAGGAUGAAGCUGUUGCAGAGAUCAACACCUCCAUGAAUACUCAUCUUCCUUUUGCUGUGAUUGGAAGUGUAGAAGAAAUAAAAGUGGGAAAUAAGAUGGUGAAAGCAAGGCUGUACCCCUGGGGAUCAGUACAGGUGGAGAAUGAAAACCACUGUGAUUUUGUGAAGCUGAGGGAGAUGCUACUGCGUGUGAACAUGGAGGAUCUCCGAGAGCAAACACACACCCGACACUAUGAGCUCUACCGUCGCUGCAAGCUAGAAGAGAUGGGCUUCAAGGACACAGGCCCGGACAGCCACUCGUUCAGCCUUCAGGAGACAUACGAAGCCAAGAGGAAGGAGUUCCUUGUGGAUCUGCAGCGUAAAGAGGACGAAAUGAGACAGAUGUUUGUCAACAAGGUGAAGGAGACAGAAGCAGAGCUGAAAGAAAAGGAAAAAGAGCUUCAUGAGAGGUUUGAGCAGCUCAAGAGAAUGCACCAGGAAGAAAAGAAGAAUCUGGAGGAGAAAAGACGAGAACUGGAGGAGGAGAUGAAUGCCUUCAAUAGAAGAAGGGUUGCAGCUGAGACACUGAUGGGACAGGCCCUCCAAGGCUGCUCACAGCAACCAUUCAAAAAGGACAAGGACAAGAAGAAUUGAUUUGUGGAUCAAACAUCCAGGGAAACCAGGAAUGUGUCUGCCAUCAGCAUGGGAAAAAGAGACUGUCAUAUCUGACAUUACUGACGGACACUGUGUGUGUGGACAGUGUCACAGUUACUAUGCACGUAUGUCAGCCCGAACAAUGUGAUGGCUAUAAGCCACUGUGUACUUAUGGAUCAAAAAGGUAGCUUUGCUCAGUGUAUUUAAUUUGUCCCUAAUGCUGACUCUGCUAGACCCACAAUCCAUGGACUGUUUUCCUAACAUGUAGCUUGUGUUGUUUUAUGGUCUUGCCAUUUGUGUUUGUGUCCUGUUGUAGAACAGGAGACUUUUAAUUACUGACUAAAUUGAACUAAUGGCUUUGAGUUAUGCUAUGUAUAAACAUACAGUAACAUACGUACAAUAAUGUACUUUCAAAUAUUGUUGAUUGUUUUUCUAAUUGUUGGUAGUUUGAGGUAAGCUAAUUUAAUUUUCUCACACCAUUCUAUGCAGAGAUUAAAAAAAAAAUAGUCUUGAAAUGAGAAAAUAUAUGGCCAUAAUUUAUAUUCAAAUAAAUAACAUCAAUGGAAAACCGAACAGAGCAUCAGUUCAUCUGUUGGUCCACUGAACCCAUUCCCCUUAAACUCUCUGUUCUCUGGGACUUCCCAUCACAUCAGUCAUUUGUGUGAUCCAAAGCAUUUCAUAUUUCACUCGUUUUCCUCAUGACGUACCAAAAGAUGGUUUUCUGAUUUUUACUGGUUGACGGUGUUUCUGUAAAAGCAUUAUCCAUUUCAUUCAAGUUUAAGCUUGGAUUUUGCCAUCCGUCAGUGGCAGCAAACAUGGCAAAUAACAAACUGCUCAAUAAACUUAUCUAUCAUUUGCACUAAACUUUAGUAUUCAAUAACUUGUUGAGGUUUUUUUCAUGACGUUAAUGGAUAUAGAGUUGCUUGUUCAUAUAAAUGAC